GCUGUUGGUGACCUACAGGAAGUGGUUUAUACGGGCGGUUGUCCCGGCUGGAACCGUGUGGUGUCUGAGAAACUGCUUUGAGGAUUUCUGCGGUGCUGCGUGGGAAGCGAUCCUGUUUAAAAGCUCCAAAGGCAAAGAAAUAUCAUUUGUUAAGAAGAGAUGGGUAAGGAUAUUGACAAAAAUAUCCUUUAGAAGUAUCUUCACUUUUUAAGGAUGUAUUCAGUAUAUCAUUAAAAAUGGAGAAGAGAAAACAUACGGUGGGUGUGAAGGCCCUGAUGCUAUGUAUGUGAAGUUGAUAUCUUCUGAUGGCCAUGAGUUCAUUGUUAAACGGGAGCAUGCACUCACAUCAGGAACAAUUAAGGCAAUGUUGAGUGGCCCAGGCCAAUUUGCUGAAAAUGAAACAAACGAAGUGAAUUUCAGAGAGAUUCCUUCCCACGUCUUAUCUAAAGUAUGCAUGUAUUUCACCUAUAAGGUUCGCUACACUAACAGCUCCACAGAGAUUCCUGAAUUCCCAAUUGCACCUGAGAUUGCACUGGAACUGCUGAUGGCUGCAAACUUCUUAGAUUGUUAAAUAGAAUAAAUUAUAAUAAAAAUGUAAACCAUC